AUGUCGUUUGGUUUCAGAAAAAUGUUCAAGCACUCAAAUUCAGCCAAACAUGAAAGAGACCCAAAAAAAUACAACAGUGAUAACCAAUCUGAUGUAAUAUCUUACUAUUCUUUUGCAACGAAAGACAAUAGUACAAAAGACGAUUAUUCACUCAGUAGCAACAGCGAUAUUGUCUCUUCCAACAACUCCUCAAUUAAAUCUUCUCCAAUCAAAAAAACCUCCAUUUUAACUAAAAACAACCUUACAAAAACCAACACCAACACCAGCAACAGCAAUAACGACUCACUAUUGAAAUUCACCCCAGAUGAAAUGGCUUUACUAAGAAAAACCUGGAAUGAAAAUUUAAUUCCUCCUGUCCAAACUGUCGAUGGCUACUUGAAAAUCACUGAUAAAAACUCAAAGAUAAACUCUUUCUCUCAUGUCUUCACUUCGAUCCAGUUUUGGAAUGAAAUCCAUUCAAAUGCCUUUCUUAUCAACCCUGAUUUAGAUGGCCUCUUACCAUCUGUUAACCACCAGGCUCUUCAUUUCGCUGGCAUCCUAAGAAUGGCCAUCCUAAAUCUUGAAGACUUGUCUGGCUUGAGCGAUUAUCUUGGUGCAAUAGGCAGAAGACAUGGAAUUAUCUUUGGCACUGAACCAAGAUUCUUUCAGGAAUUGGGUAUAGCUGUCUUCAAAUCCCUCUACGAAAGAUUUGGCGAUGCUUUCACCCCAGAAAUUGAAAACCUUUGGAUAGCUUUAUACUCAUUUAUUGCAAAUACAAUGAUUGAAGCAUGUAGUAUCGAUGUCAAAUUAAAUGACGAUGGCUCUUUCUCCCCUACCAAUACCCCCAAAAUCACUAUAAAUAAUACCACUAAUACCAAUAUCAACAACAUCAAAGAUACUCAAGCCAAUAAUUGCAACCCAAACACUGCUGCCAAUAAUUACAGCUACAGCUACAACUACAAUUACAAUUACAACAACAGUGCUAUCAAUAUUAACUCCAGCAAUAAACCAAACCCAACUCGUAUUCUACAUCAUACUCCCAAUCAAAAUCUAAAUAUUACUCACAACAAUAACAGUAUUAGCACCACCAUUGGGAAACACCAUUUAAGGAGAAAUAUCAGCGAAAAAGACAACGAAAAAUAUGCCAUUGAGCAUCUGAAAGUUGAUUCAAUAUUUACAAAAAAAAGAGAAUCAUUUCUUACAAAACAUGAAAGAAGAAAAGCUGAAAGAGAAGCAGCUCUUAAUGAAAGACUUGAAAAAUCUUCAGUUAAUAAACUUUCUUUUUACUGAUUCAUUUUUAUUUUUUAUUUUUUAUUUUUUUAUUUUUUUU